UUCCUCCAUUUCCUCCUCAUAUAAACUCUUCUCAAUAACCAGAUAUUUCAUUGCAUGAAUAUUCAAAAAACAAUGGCCAUGCUCAAUAUCAUCUCCAUUCUCUCUCUCUUACUCACUCAAUCCCACGCCAAAAUACCCGGCGUCUAUUCCGGUGGGCCAUGGCAAAGCGCUCACGCCACUUUCUACGGUGGCAGCGACGCCUCAGGAACUAUGGGAGGAGCGUGUGGGUACGGGAACCUAUAUUCCCAAGGCUACGGUGUGAACACUGCGGCACUAAGCACUGCUUUGUUCAACAACGGUUUCAGCUGUGGAGCGUGUUUCGAAAUCAAAUGCACGGAUGACCCGAAAUGGUGCAACCCCGGUAACCCUUCCAUCUUGGUCACCGCCACAAAUUUCUGCCCUCCAAACUACGCUCUCCCCACCGACAAUGGCGGCUGGUGCAACCCUCCCAGGCCGCACUUCGACCUCGCCAUGCCCAUGUUCCUCAAAAUCGCUCAGUACCGCGCCGGCAUCGUCCCCGUCUCUUAUCGCCGGGUGGCUUGCAGGAAACAGGGAGGGAUGAGGUUCACGAUCAACGGCUUCCGUUACUUCAACUUGGUUUUGAUCACCAACGUCGCGGGUGCAGGGGAUAUCAUGAGGGCGAGCGUGAAAGGGUCAAAGACAGAGUGGAUGAGCAUGAGCCGCAACUGGGGGCAGAACUGGCAAUCAAACGCGGUUCUGGUUGGUCAGUCACUCUCCUUUAGGGUCACAGGCAGUGACCGACGCACAUCCACCUCGUGGAACAUUGUCCCACGUAAUUGGCAAUUUGGCCAAACCUUCGCGGGAAAGAAUUUUAGAAUCUAAUUACUAUACCGUGUUUGGAUCAUUUGCGUUUUUGAAAGCGCUUUGUUUGAUUUGCCACCUUUUAUUUUUGGUUGUUUGCUACCUACAUGGGAGAAAAUGGUAGCCAACUUUUUGACUUUUGAUCAUGUUUUGUGGAGUGGAGUGAAGGAAAUGAGGCUAAAGAAGUGUGAUUUUUGUCGGGAGCUCAAGUGCCUGCAAGUGCAAAUUCAUAAGUCCCACCAAUGCUUACUGCAUAUUUAUUUAUACAUGAUUCAGGAUUCAUGUACGGCUUUUUA